GAGACGGCGCACUUUAGCACCAAUUGUUGCCCGAAAGCCGAACGUUAAAACCGCCCUCUGUGUCUCUCAUAUAAACUUCGUUCCCGGCGAUUUUUUACAACUAUAACAAACCCAGAAAACCAAAAGGGGAAAUCAAUCAGGAAACCCUUAAUUUCCUUUGUUCUUCAGCGAACGAGCCAGAGAGGCAGACAGAGCUGAAGGGUACUUUGCGUCGAUGGCGAUGGGCCCGGAAAGAUCAAAGCCGCUCCACAAUUUCACGCUUCCAUGUGAAUUGAAGUGGGGAAACCGGAAGUUCUUGAGAUGCGUUAAGCUGGAUUCCAACGGCGAAAUGUCCGACGUUCACCGGAGGCCUAAUGGGCUGUCGGAUCCCCCCACCGGGAGAAAGCGGGUCGCUCCGUCGUCCGGCAGGUCACACGAACGGCUCAAGAAGGAGGCGGUCGGGAGUAGCCGGAGAUUCGAGUCCGAAACCGACGACGGGAUCGCCUCUGUGAGGGAGAAGUUAAUGUUCGAUCUCCAGACGGCGGCGGAUAAGAUGAAAGACGCGAUUUUGCGGGAGGGGUUGAAGGAAGAGCUGCACCGGCCGGCUGUGGAGGAAGCGGAAGAGCAACUGUCUCCGGCGUUGGUUCCGCCUGAAUCCGCCCCUGCUGACCCGAAUAAGCAGUGGAGCUUGAGGACUCGCCGAACAACCGUUGGAUCCACCCAGAGCUUGAAUAUCUCCCCAUUGAGAGCCGAAAUCAAAUCUCCGACACUGCAAAACGUCCAACCCGUAGUCGUCGGCCACCAGCGUGAGAAAGCGAAGCUAUCUGUUCCUCUCGCCCGGCGAGAGAUCGAAGAAGAUUUCAUGGCUAUAGUUGGUCACAGACCCGCCCGCCGCCCCAAGAAAAGAUCUAAACUGGUCCAGAAAAAUUUAGAUACUCUCUUUCCGGGAUUGUGGUUGUCAGAAAUUACAGUUGACUUAUACAAAGUUCCGGAUGAUCAAUAGAACAUAUGAACAGGUGUGGGUGGUUGAUUUGCUGACAAGCAAAGCUAAAUUUGUAACAAGCAACUAAAAUAGUGAGAUACUGCAAAACUUUUUCUCUCUGAUCUUUGAUUAAAGUGUUGAGUUUCUUCCUGCUGUUAGUCUGUUACAACAAAGCAUAUUCUUGCUUUUUAUUAAAAAAAUGCUAGUAUUCGUUUAUUUUAGUUCUUCAUAAUUCUUUCCUUACCUUUCUUUCUGUGAUGACUGAAAUAAACUAAUGUAAUCCGAAAGCUUGGUGAAUAUGAAGUAUUAUUUGGUAUCUUAAUGAUAAGUAUCAAUGACUUGUGCAUAGUUUUCAUCCUUC